UGAGUCCUUGGCCAAUCCGGUUACUGUUGGGUAGGCCUUCAGCAUACUUUUUGUCCAAUCAGCUUCAGACUCUCACUAUAAAUAAGCGGCUAGCUUUCUCUUUGUCCUUCAGUGAAUCUAGUUCUGAAGGAAUGGCGCGUACGAAGCAGACUGCUCGCAAGUCCACCGGCGGCAAGGCUCCGCGCAAGCAGCUGGCUACGAAGGCGGCUCGGAAGAGCGCUCCCGCCACCGGCGGCGUCAAGAAGCCCCAUCGCUACCGGCCUGGUACAGUGGCUCUCCGCGAGAUCCGCCGCUACCAGAAGUCCACCGAGCUGCUGAUCAGAAAGUUGCCUUUUCAGCGUCUGGUGCGAGAGAUCGCGCAGGACUUUAAGACCGACCUGCGCUUUCAGAGCUCGGCGGUGAUGGCGCUGCAAGAGGCUUGCGAGGCCUACCUGGUGGGGCUCUUUGAGGACACCAACCUAUGCGCCAUCCACGCCAAGAGGGUGACUAUCAUGCCCAAGGAUAUCCAGCUCGCACGUCGCAUCCGCGGCGAGAGGGCUUGAGUCUCAAGGACUCAGAUUACAUACCCAAAGGCUCUUUUCAGAGCCACCCAUGUGCUCGCUGAAAAGAUCUGUUUAUCUGAGAAAUUCUUCCUAGUACUUGUUUUGCCUAUAGCAGAUAGGGUCCAUUUCCAGACGUUAUACAAUCUGUUUUGUAAGGCUCAGCCUAUCCCUGUUAAAAUGCUAAUUUUGUAAAUCUUAACAUUUAAUAAUCCGGGAGCUUUCCGCAAUCACUUGGUGUAGCCAAAAGUUCCCUCAUGUGUUACCCGCCCACUCCGCAGCCCGCUUUUGGCCGGAUGGUGGUUCUAAUUUUCUGCCAGCCUAUGCUGUAGUGUGUGUAUAUUUCUUGGCAACACGCCAAGAAUAAAACUAAGGUUGAAUUGAAGUUGGAAAAAUUCAGGGUAAUGUAGCUCAUGCUGGCUAAAGUGAAAACAUUCCCCUCCCCCGCCCCCCGUUUCCUAAGCAGUGUUGUUUUUGAAAUUUUCAAGUCGAAUUUUGGGCCUCUUUAAACCACUUAAGUGUAGUUAAUGACAGGUGGUUGGGGGAUUAAAAGUCUUCUGGAGAAAGCCCACCAGAGAAAAUUCCCUUUGAAGCCCCAUGUAAAAAUAUAUGUGUGAGAGAGUGUUUUAUCUGACUUCUGACAGUGGCUAAAACUUUGAACUGUCAGGAGUAUCCAAAAUUAAGACUGCCUUGUAGGGAAUCCUGUGAUAAUUUUUUUGAGCACAGGAUAAAAUACUUGAGUCUUACUUAAAUGUUACCUUCUCAUUGAGGUUUCUCAUUGAUACUAAAUAAAAUCUGUAUAAUCCCCA